AUGGCGAUCUUCAGCAAGUUUGUGGCUGUCCUAGCCAUUGCCUCCACCGCAUAUACAGCAGCGGUUCCAGACAGCAGGUUUACUGUCUGGCCCCGACAGGAAAAUAACACCCUUGCUGCCGGGAUUCUUGAAACUCCUCUCGUCUUUGGCGCAGCAAAACCAGAUCUCGCCAAUCCAGAAGCUUCUUUCUUGUUCAGCAACCCGGCAUACUAUUCCUUACAGCAAUAUGUCUACAACGGGAUGCAGCUAGCUUCUUCCAAUGAAAUAUUCGAGAACACCUACAAUAAAGCCCAAUUCGAACAAGCUGUUAGCAAUAGCGGGGUCUAUAGCCUCACUCAAACAACUUUUGUGGGUAUCAACAAGCAUUGCAAUAACUUCUGGACAAAUACGAUUGGCCAGAUGACCUUCUUUGCGGAAAAUAUCAGUCUCUUUGGUCGUAAUGCCGGAAAGAUAUACAGAGAAAUUUCCCAUCUACUCGACGUAAUGGCUGGUAUCCCACGUAAUCAACGUUCUAGCAAUCCCGUUUGGCUUGAUUCUUUGAUUGACGUCUACAACUAUGUCGAACGACUUCACGACCAAAUGGGCAUUGCUCAAAACCAAUCCCUGGUUCUAUUGGGAAAUAUAAACGCUUUCCGAGCUGAGACCAUUACCGAUAUGGGCAACCUGAACCAAGUCGAUAGGCUCUUGAAUACCACCAACCAAAAUGUUUAUCAGAGAGUUCAAAAUAUGAAUGCGGAAAUCACGAGACUUAAGGGUGAGAUUAACGCAGCAAACGAAGAUUAUGAGGCUGCAGCCAAAAACAUCAGGGUCGGCAGAGCCGGUUACUCUUGGGUGUGGCCGAUCGGUACCGCCGUCUAUCUAGGUCUCAGCAAGAAGUGGAGGAAGGAAAUGGAAGCCGCCACCAAUCGCAAGAACCAGGCUAUCAUCGACCUCAGUAACUCCCAAGCAAUGCUGCAGACUUUCAUCCAUGUGACCGAUGACCUCCAACUUCUUCAGCUGCAGACAGACAGUGUUUUGGACUAUAUUGAUUCUGCUGUCGGUCUUCUUGGAAACGCUUCCGAUGCCUUUUCCCGCAUGUCUGCCUCCAUUACCGCUAUUAUGGUCGAACUCGAGUCUGAGGCGGAUUCAACCAAUCCAGAGACUAUCGACGCUAAAUGGUUUUCUGACUCCAGCUUUAGGAUGUCUCUCAACGCUACUGCUGAGCAUUGGGAUGAUAUAUACACGGAAGCUGCUGCUUUCAAGGGUACUGCUGCCAUCAAAAUCGUUUCUGAGAAAGAAGCCAUUCGCUUGCAUGAAGAAAACGCACAGGCUGUUCUGGACACCCUUACUGGUGGAUCAAAGCUUCUUAGGCGUGCCAUUAUGGGCACUUGGCACCUUUCUCUUCUUUGA